AUGUCGGCGCCCAGCUCGCUGCCCGUCUCGCCCGCCUCGUCGAAGCGCUCGCGCAGCAAGGACAGCACCCGAUCCGCCGCCAGCGCCGCCCUGUCCGCCCUGUCCGCCCUGUCCGCCCUGCCCGCGGCGCCCGCCACUACCACCACCACCACCGCCACCACCACCGCCACCACCACCGCCACCACCGCCACCACCGCCACCGCGCACACGACCCCCGCGGCGCCCACUCCCAGCCUGCUGCCGCCCUGGAGCGCGGCCGCCUCGCCCAGCGCCGACGCCAAGUGGACCGACCUGGAGUGGGCGCAGAUGGACCGUCUGCGCGACGCAGUGGCUCCGGCGGGCGCCGACGAGCGCGACGCGCCCGCCCCGUGGGCCCGCUGCAGCGGCGAGCCCUACGCCCUGCGGAACCGCUACGUGAACGUCGACCCGUACCAGGCGAACCGCGUGCGCCUAAAGGUCCCCGCCGGCGCAAACGACUACAUCAACGCCUCGCCGAUUGAGCUCACGUCGACCAAGACCGGGACGCCGCUCCGGUACAUCGCCACACAGGGACCCAAGGGCGACAGCUGGUCGCAUCUCUGGCGCAUGGUCUGGGCGCAGAGCGAGUCGCCCGUCGUCAUGGUCAUGGUCACCAAGACCCACGAGCAGGGCCGCGAGAAGUGCUACCCCUACUACCCGCAGUCGCCGGCGGACCCGCCGCUGCGCGUCAACGAGCACGACGAGUUCGCCGACGGCUUCAUCCACGACCUGCACCUGACGGACCUGUCCCACGACCAGGCGGCGCGGACCGAGCUCAGGGAGAUGGUCAUGACGACACCCGACGGCCGCGAGUCGCGCAAGAUCUGGCACCUGCUCUUCGAGGGGUGGCCCGACUUCUCCGUCCCCGAGGGCCGCGACAAGGCAGCGCUGCUGAAGAUGGUGGAGCUGUCGCGCCAGAAGAACUCCAACAACGCCACGAACCCGCGCAUCGUGCACUGCAGCGCCGGCAUCGGUAGGAGCGGCACCUUUAUUGCGCUGGACUGGCUGAUGCAGGAACUCGACGAGGGCUCGCUGGACACGCUAUCCGACGACGACGACCCCAUUAUGCGCGUCGUCGAGACGCUCAGAGACCAGCGUCCCAUGAUGGUCCAGUCGAAGCAGCAGUUCGUCUUCAUCUACGACACGCUGCGCGAGCGGUGGCGCGAGCGCUGGAUCGCCCUCCAUCCUGAAGACGCGAGCCAGCUCGGCAUCCAGGCCGCCGCCCACGACGACGAGCCCGCGCUCAAGCGGCAGAAGAGCAACGCGGAUGGCCAUGACGCCGUCUUUGCGAGCGACGACGAGCGCGCAAAGCUGGAAGCCGAACUCAUGGGCGCCGACUACGAAUGA